AUGAGUAAUUGUCAACCACCACCAAAUCAAAUAAGAGUAUGUGUAGGAGACACACAAGAGUUGACAGCACUUGUAACAAAUGAUUUAUUGGCAACCAAUGUUGGAAGUGGAGAUGUAGAAGUAUUAUCGACACCUUCGUUGAUAGCAUUAUUUGAACGUGUAUCAUGUGAUCUUUUACGUGGUAAUAUCGAUGCCAACAUGACAACUGUAGGAACAUCAAUCAAUGUACAACAUCUAGAUGCUACACCACUUGGAAUACAAGUCAGAGUUAUUGCUACUGUCACUUCAGUCGAGAGUAAAAAGGUAUCAUUCAAAUGUGAAGCAUUUGACACUAAAAAGAUUGGUGAAGGAACACAUGAAAGAUACUUGGUUAAUAGAGAUAGAUUUUUGGAAAGAGCAAAUUCUAAAAGGGUUUAA